AUGGUACAUAAAGGGGGCGCGCCAGGGGCGCGCCCGUGGUGGCCUCAGGCCAAGUCUAGCCGGAGUGGGCUCGAGCCCGACUCCUUCACACUAGUAUCGCAGAAAACAACCCCCGCACGUGGACCUCCUCCAACGCUACAAACUGCUGCCAUUCACAUAGGAACGAUAUUGAAAGCCUCCUGUCAACUGUCAUCAAAGACUCGAACUCGAGCAACAAUGAAUCUCACUCCACUCCCCGACGUGAAACGGCUCAGUCCAGUGUGUAUUCGAAUUCUUGGCGGCAACCCUGGCAAAUUCACACUGCAGGGAACGAACACGUAUCUACUUGGCUCUGGAAAGCGCCGCAUAUUAUUAGACUCCGGAGAGGGAAGGCCGGCGUGGGCCGUCUCUCUGAGGGAAGUGCUCGAGGCGGAAGGUGCCACUGUCGAUACUCUAUUGCUUUCACACUGGCAUCAUGACCAUGUCGGCGGCAUUGAGGAUCUCCGCAGGGUUUCUCCGCAGGCCGUCGUCUAUAAGUUCCACCCGGAAGAUGGGCAGACUGCGAUCGUUGAUGGCCAAACUUUUCGGACAGAAGGCGCUACGCUGACAGCACAUCAUACACCUGGCCACACAGCAGACCACCUAGUCUUUACCUUGGCAGAAGAGAACGCUAUGUUCACAGCUGAUAAUGUGCUUGGUGAAGGCACGGCUGUGUUUGAAGACAUGGCGAUGUAUAUCAACAGUCUACACAAGAUGAAGACGCUAUUUCACGGUAGAGCAUAUCCUGGUCACGGCGAACUCAUUAACGAUGGCCUCCAAAAGAUCUCCGAAUACAUCAACCAUCGCAAACACAGGGAGGAACAGGUAGUCCAGGUCAUGAGGUGCGGCAAGGCAGAUGGCAACCGAAGCUGGACUGGAAUGGAUAUUGUGAAGGAGGUUUAUAAAGAGGUGCACGAGGACUUACACCCUGCAGCUUGCGCUGGUGUCUUGCAGAUAUUAAGGAAAUUGGAACAGGAAGGGAGGGCAGCAAGAGCGGAAGAUGAUCGUGAUGGCAACUUAUGGUGGUCUAGGCAAGGGACCCUCUUGAUGGCCAAGCUUCUCACUAUCGAGCUCUUCAAUAAACCCGUCUGGAUAACUACCCCAACUUACGUGACAACUCCCUCUGUCAGAAUGGCACACGUCACGCCCCCCGAAGGUGCCGAGCCGGAACAGGAAAUGGUUACCAUCCAUCGGCUCCGACAAAGCGCGACACCAGCUAAAUACCAUAAAUCGCCCUACGCAUUGCCAAUAACUGUGACUGCAUAUCUCAAGCGUCGUGACACACUGGCGGUCCUCUAUGGGCGGCUUGAUACAUUCACGAUUAAAUGGGAUGCCGUUGCGAGGCUUUCCCGGACAAGGGGCGGUAAUUACUACUACCAGGCCGAUUUACCACGUUCCGCGAAAACACUAGUUGUGGAUGGACAAUGA